AUGUACAGUACUCUGACCCGAGCUGGGACACGCCCAGAGGUGCUGUUUAUAGAAUCGGACACUUUGUUCAGCCCUUACCCACAACUCAGAGAAGCAGACUAUCCACCACAACAACAAUGGCUGUGCGACUGCCGCCCGUCAGAGGUGUCGCAGAUCGCACCUCGUGCACCAUCGACGGCGCGCGUGCUCGCGCCAAUACGAUGCCGCCUGGCCAUCCGACGGCUGCCAGUGCGUGUGAUAUCAGUGGGCAAGAGCCGCUCAGCCGGCACACAGCUGCUAGUAAAAGACUACGCCGAAAAGAUCUCCCGCUACUGCCCGUUUGAGGACCUGCCCGUGCGCUCCAAUCCCAAGGGCACCAGUGACGUGCGAGUGCAGGUGGAAGCAGAGGGCGACAGGGUGCUCAAGGCACUACACCCCGCAGACUGGGUGGUGGUGCUGGACGAGAGGGGCCGCACAGUGACAUCAGAGCAGCUCGCGCAGCUCAUUGCUGACUGCGCUGAUGCGUCGCACCGCUCGCUGACAUUCGUGGUGGGGGGCCCCUACGGCCACGGGUCACAGGUGACAGCUCGGGCCAACAGCAGCAUUCGCCUCUCCUCACUCGUGCUCAACCACGAGGUGGCACUCGUGGUGCUGGCAGAGCAGCUGUACCGGGCGUGGACCAUUCUCAAGGGCGAGAAGUACCACCACUGA